AUGAAGGGCCCCACUCUCGCUCUGUUUCUCUUCUCUGUCCUGUUAGCUGCUGCGCGAGUGAGAAGCAGGGAGACCGUGAAGCUCUGCGGCCUCGACUACGUGAGAACAGUCGUCUACAUCUGUGCCAGCUCUCGAUGGAGGAGACACCUGGAAGGGGCCCACCAAGCUCAGCGAGCUGAAUCAAGAAACUACUUCCAAUUCCCAGACAGACAGGAGACAUCCAAGGAAACUCUUGAGCACAACCUUCCCAAGAUGGAUAUCUCAGGACAGGAACUUGUUCAAGACCCACAGGCGCCCAUGGAAAGGCUUUGGCAGUUGAAGAAGUACUCACAAGUGUCCAAACGAGAUCUGCAAACUAUGUGCUGCGUGGAAGGCUGCUCCAUGACUGAGCUCAGCACACUCUGUUAGGAAGUGCCCACACCCAUGGGCAAGCUUCAGCAUGCAUUUAAUUGGUGUUCUAGCUCUGAGUCUGUCACUGCAACCAUGGCUUUGGGGUAGACAAUCCUUUUCUAAAAGGUCU